GCGGCUUGACAGUCCCUCUCCCUGCGCUCCUCGAAGCGGAGACUCCAGACGCGCAGCGCGGUGGCAGACGGGGCGCGCAGAGAGCUUCUGUCCCUCCGAUUUCUGUGGGGGUUUCCUCUCUCUCCCUCUCUCUCUCUUUAGUAUUAUUAUUAUUAUUAUUAGCACCACACAGGGGAUCGUACGCCUUUCAUUCCCGGGGAGCAGCGGCAACUUGAGUAGCCAUCACCGCGUCCCCCUCCCCACCUCCUGCAACUUGUCAAAGCGAGGGGCAUUUGUUUCCGCCACCCGAUGAGAAAGAAGUCCAAGAAGAACCAGAGAGUGCGAGAGAGACUAAUGUUAAAUGGCAUAGCAAAGACAACCUGAAGGACCUGGGAGCCAUCAUUCGCACAGAGUGGCAGCAAGGUCAUCUGGCCGAGGGAUGGUUUGUCCUUUCCCUGCCUUUGAAUCGGUGAUGGAGUUAUCAUGGUGGCCACAGAAAUACCAUCGGACCUUUGAAGAAUGAACUUUCAAAACCACUGGAUUGUUCUUGGGAAAGUCAUCGAAGAUCAGACAAAAUCACCGACAGAAAAGUCAGUCGGCCUUUUCUCACUUCAAGGACUCUACUACAGGAAGCAAAACCAGCCAUUAAAAGGGAUUUUCGUGGACAACGGAAAUACUUUCUCUGCAAAAAGGUUCCGUACAGUAAUUUUUGGACAGCUUAGUUUCAAACCACCUGAAACAACCAUUGGAAGUGGCUAGAAGUGAAAUUGGGAGCAGCUCAAAGGACAAAAUCAAGAAUGGAUGGAGAGCGUCACUCUUCAUGGCCAUUAAAUCCCUGCCUCCCCCCAUGUUCCCCACUGAUCAGUGAGCCAUCCCAGUAAAAUCUGUUGUUUUUGUUGCCUUGAAAAUUUCGGCUCGAUAGACAUUUUCCAAAGUCUGUUCUGUGUCCCUUUCUUUUCACUUUCUUUAAAAACUCAAAUCAGAAACUGUACACAGAGCAGAUGCCGUACGAAUCAGAAUGGCCGACCACGUUACAGUACAAACAUGAACUCUGCAGGAGGUAGAAAUCCAAUAUGCUAUGUGACCUGCUCUGUGUUCAGCAGCAAACUUCAUCUUUAUUCUCGAUCCCAUGGAUUAACUCUCAAGUUCUCACACAAAGACCUUUUAAGUUUCUCUCAGUGAAGUUUUAUAUGGUAUAAAACUACAACUUCAAAACUCUUCCUGUCUGCAUUCAUCUUGUAUAUUACAUGUAGACCCAAGCUAGAUUUCUUUCUUUUUUUUUUUCUUUUUAUUAUCAAAAUGGCCCCAUCUUGGACAGUAGGAGCUGGGACACUGUUGGCAGCCUUGGGUCUUUUUAGCUGCUGUAGUUUUGGCUGGUGUGAGGCCUCAAGGACUAGUAGUUCAACCUCUGGAGGGGAUCAAGGAGCCUCGUCACUGGAACGAGUUAAGAGAGGAUGGGUGUGGAACCAGUUUUUUGUGGUGGAGGAGUACACAGGCACGGAGCCGCUAUACGUGGGAAAGAUCCACACUGACUCUGACGAAGGUGAGGGCAACAUUAAGUACACCAUCUCUGGAGAAGGGGCGGGCACCAUCUUCAUCAUCGAUGAGCUAACGGGAGACAUCCACGCCACAGAGAGGCUCGACCGAGAAGAGAAGGCCUUCUACACACUUCGGGCUCAGGCCCGCGACCGCCUCUCCAACGGCCCUCUGGAACCAGAGUCGGAGUUCGUCAUCAAGGUCCAGGACAUCAACGACAGCGAGCCCAAGUUCUUGGAAGGUCCCUAUAUCGGCAGUGUGGCAGAGCUGUCACCGAUAGGAACGUCUGUGAUGAAGGUCACCGCGUCGGACGCUGACGACCCCACAUACGGCAGCAGCGCCAGAGUGGUGUACAGCGUACUGGACGGAGAAAAGUUUUUCACCGUUGACAGACACACAGGGAUCAUCAUGACAGCAGUGGCAGAUUUGGACCGCGAGACGCAGGAUCGUUACGAGCUGGUCGUCAAGGCAACAGACAUGGCAGGACAAAUGGGCGGUCUGUCCGGCUCCACCACGGUGACCAUAGUGAUCACAGACGUUAAUGACAACCCACCGCGCUUCCCACAGAAGAUGUACCAGUUUUCGGUGUCGGAAGGGGCGGCUGUGGGAACGCCGGUUGGACGCGUCAUCGCCACGGAUGCAGACAUGGGGGAGAACACAGACAUGAGCUACCUGAUCAAAGAGGGAGGCGAGCUCUUCAAGGUCACCACCGACGUCGAGACGCAGGAAGCUGUUGUCGCCAUCAAGAAGACGCUGGACUUCGAGAGCAAGCGCACACAUAAUGUAGUGGUGGAGGCAGUGAAUAAGCACGUGGACCCUCGCUUCGUGGACCUGGGUUCCUUCCGAGACCAGACCAUCGUCCGGGUCAGCGUGUCGGACAUAGAUGAGCCACCCAUCUUUCAACCACCAGAGGGCGCUAUUAUGGAAGUGCAAGAGGAUGCCAAAGUGGGAGCGCUGGUUGGAAUCGUCACCGCCAGGGAUCCAGAUGAGAAGAGGAAACCUGUCAGGUUUUCCAUCGAUCGGACCACAGACCAGGAGAUGAUCUUCCAUAUCGAUCCCGAUACGGGUGCCAUCACACUGGGCAAGAUCCUGGACCGAGAGACCGCUGGCUGGCACAACAUCACUGUGAAGGCUGUCGAAGCGGAUAACCACACCAUGGAGUCUCACUCAGCAGUGAGUAUUCGGAUUCUGGAUGUAAAUGACAAUCCUCCUGAGCUGGCCACACCAUACGAAGCCUCUAUAUGUGAAGAUGCUGAACCGGGGAAGCUGAUUCACACCAUCAGUGUGGUGGAUCGAGACGAGCCGCAAUCCGGACAUCGCUUCUACUUCACCCUCCAGUCUCCACCCUCCAGCAAUCAACACUUCACCCUGUGGGACGUCAAAGACAACACAGCCAGCAUCCGGACUCAGCGUACGGGGUUUAACCGCCACGAGCAGAAUGUGUACUUCCUGCCCAUCCUGGUGGUUGACAGCGGGCCCCCCUCCCUCAGCUCCACAGGCACCCUGACCAUUCACGUCUGCGGCUGUGACACAGAGGGAGCCAUCCAGUCCUGCAACGCCACAGCCUAUGUAAUGAGUGCAGCUCUGAGCCCCGGGGCGCUUAUAGCACUACUGGUCUGCAUGCUCAUCCUCAUAGUCCUCGUCCUGCUGAUUCUGACCCUGAAGCGCCACAGAAAGGGCCAGAGAAUGGCGGAGGACGAGGAGGACAUGAGGGAUAAUGUCAUCAAGUACAACGACGAGGGCGGAGGGGAGCAGGACACGCAGGCUUACGACAUGAGCGCCCUGAGGAAUCUCUAUGACUUCCCAGAGGCCAAGAACUGCGACUCCGGCCCAGACAUCCGCUCGCUGCCGCAGUGGAUACAGGCCAACCGGGUGGGCGGAGGAGCGGAGGGGCCUGUGGCGGCAGCGGCAGCAACGGCGGCGGCAGACUUCUCCCUAUUCAAAGGCUACAUCCGAAAGAAGGUGGAGCAGGCCGACGCCGAUCUGUCCGUGCCGCCGUAUGACUCCUUCCAGACGUACGCCUUUGAGGGCACCAGUUCACCGGCGCUUUCGCUAAGCUCCAUCCACACGCUGUCCACCACCUCGGAGCAGGAUUUCUCCUACCUCAGCGACUGGGGGCCACGUUUCAGGCAACUGGCGGGCUACUACGCUCCGGGGAACCUGGAGGAGGAAGGGUCCUAGCACAGCCUCUCCUUCCCCGCAGAGAGACGUUUAAACUCCCUCUUUUUCUUCCUCCUCCUCCUUCUUCUCUCCCCCUCCGGCAAUCUACCGAGAUCAUCAGAGUCAGCACUGUGUACCCUUUUAAAGACAGACGACCACCUCUUCAUCUCUUUGGAAGAAAAAUCACAGUGUUGAACUUUAAACUCAAGAUUUUCUUUUUUUCCUCUUCUUUUUUUCAAAAAAACUCUUUGGUGUUGAUGGGAGUUUUUUGGACAUUAGCAUGAAAGCUCUCGGGAUGAUGUGAGAAAGAGUUAUUAAAGAGAUACCCCGUCACCAAAUUUGCCAUUUAGUCCGAAGGGAGGAUUUUUGUUCUCUCCCAAAUCGUAACCGAGAACCCUGACUUUAAAAUCUGCGAGACUGUUUCCAGAGAUCAGAGCAUCGAGAUUGAGUGCAUAGGGUUGAACCAUGUACCAUGUAUUUAUUUAAAAAGGAGGAGAUAUUUAUGUAUUUAUUGGUUUCUAUGUAUUUAUUUAUUUAUUACCGCCACGGUCACUAUGAUAACUGCAACGGUGGACUCUGCUGAAGUGCUGAAGAGAAAGAAAGGAGAGAAGGACGUUAUAAAGGAAAACGAGAGACAACACGGAAGACAGGGCUGCAUUGGCAGAGGACUCUACACAAUGCUGACACAGAGGUGACAUCUGGGUCAUACAAAAAAUUACAUUCUGCAAAGUAUUUGUAUUUAUUUUCUAUGACCACUUUUGUAAAAUAACCAACUCACGACAGACAAAUGAACGGCAGAGAGGGGGAACAGAGGGAAUAAAAGGACUGCAGGAGAAAAACAGCGCUGCCACGUCGGUCCGAACUCGUCAGACUGACAUACUUUUGCUGUAUUUCAGUGAUUUAUAAGAAAAAAAAAAAGUGGGGGGAGUUUUUGGAGGUCACAAACCGAGGACAGUUGUGUGUUAACCAUGUCUUUUCUUAUCCUUUCCACAGCCACUUGUAAGGCAAUAAGGCACAAAAACCGCAACAGUGAUUUAUGACUAAACAACAAAAUGACUGUUUCAUGGAAUUGGCGUUGGCGGCCAGCUUCAUCCCACUGGGAGACAAUUUCCAUUCCAGAUUUGUGUGUGUGAGUGUGUACAAUAUGUUCAGUUCAUUUUAUAUCCUGAGAUGUUUGAUUUCUUUUGCUUUUGAUGUUUGAUUUCCUUUAGGGACGGGAGGGACUAGUG